GAGCGUGACCCUGGCGGUGGGAAGCUCACGGUUGGGAAGUUGAAUCCCACGGGCACCCCGGAACUGACUCGAGGGGGUGGCUCCUGGGCAGGAGGAAUUGAAAGGGUGGGGAGAGGCGGGCUGGGGCAAAGGUGGGCCACUGGGCCGAGAGGAAGGUGGUGAGAACAGGUGAUAAGAGGCCGAACUUGGAAGUUGUGAGAGGGGAGGAGCCGCCUCCACUGGGGCUGCUUAAGCUUAGCACUGGGAUGGGAGUGCAGGGAGAGUCGGUGAGGGCCUAUUCCCUGGUGGAUUCCAGUCAAGUGUCUACAUUUCUCAUUUCCAUUCUACUUAUAGUCUAUGGUAGUUUCAGGUCCCUUAAUAUGGACUUUGAAAAUCAAGAUAAGGAGAAAGACAAUAACAAUUCUUCUGGGUCUUUCAAUGGCAACAGCACCAAUAAUAGUAUCCAAACUAUUGACUCUACCCAGGCCCUGUUCCUUCCAAUUGGAGCAUCUGUCUCUCUCCUAGUAAUGUUCUUCUUCUUUGACUCAGUUCAAGUAGUUUUUACAAUAUGUACAGCAGUUCUUGCAACGAUAGCUUUUGCUUUUCUUCUUCUCCCGAUGUGCCAGUAUUUAACAAGACCCUGUUCACCUCAGAACAAGAUUUCCUUUGGUUGCUGUGGGCGUUUCACUGCUGCUGAGUUACUAUCGUUCUCUCUGUCUGUCAUGCUCGUCCUCAUCUGGGUUCUCACUGGUCAUUGGCUUCUCAUGGAUGCCCUGGCCAUGGGUCUCUGUGUUGCCAUGAUCGCCUUCGUCCGCCUGCCCAGCCUCAAGGUCUCCUGCCUGCUUCUCUCAGGGCUUCUAAUCUACGAUGUCUUUUGGGUGUUCUUCUCCGCCUAUAUCUUUAAUAGCAAUGUCAUGGUGAAGGUGGCCACACAGCCGGCUGACAAUCCCCUUGACGUUCUAUCCCGGAAGCUCCACCUGGGGCCCAAUGUUGGGCGUGACGUUCCUCGCCUGUCUCUGCCUGGAAAACUGGUCUUCCCAAGCUCCACUGGCAGUCACUUCUCUAUGUUGGGCAUUGGAGACAUUGUGAUGCCUGGCCUCCUGUUGUGCUUUGUCCUUCGUUAUGACAACUACAAAAAACAAGCCAAUGGUGACUCCUGCAGUGCCUCUGGACCCGCCAACAUCUCUGGACGCAUGCAGAAGGUCUCCUACUUUCACUGCACCCUCAUUGGAUACUUUGUAGGUCUCCUCACUGCUACUGUGGCAUCUCGCAUUCACCGAGCAGCUCAGCCCGCCCUUCUCUACUUGGUGCCAUUUACCUUAUUGCCACUCCUCACAAUGGCCUAUUUAAAGGGUGACCUACGGCGGAUGUGGUCUGAGCCAUUCCACUCCAAGUCCAGCAGCUCCCGAUUCCUGGAAGUAUGAUGGGUCACAGAGAGUGACCAGAAUGGCCAUCUUAGUCCUUUUCUGUCAACGCGUGGUUUUGUUUCCUCUUAGAGCUGGCCUGGUACUCGGAGACGUACCUGUUUAAGGAACUGACGUGUGACUGGAUUUUGCAUUUGCAGGGAGCUUGUUUGCAGGAGCGAGGUGCUGGAGCCUGCUUGGUUCCUUCUCUUCCUGCCAUUGUAGAGGUGGAGCCCCUCGUGAAGUGACAGGCCCUCCCCAGCGCUCCUCCUCCCCGUGUUAUGGAUCUGCCCCAGACUGUGGGGGAUGGAGAUGUGACUGUUUAAAACUGACAACGGCAAGGAGUCGUUCUAUACCUUUUGAACACUAAAAGGAAGAAAACAUUAGCAAACCGAAGUUUCUUCAGUGAACCCUCAAGAACUUUGGGACCAGUUUCCUGUGGGGGACUCAGUUUCAGAGAACUGAGACAGAAGCUCUUCUGUCGUUAUAUUCUUCUUUCCUUUUUUUGGAUUUAUUAAAUAUUUUCUGUGGUGUGAAGUGACUUAUUAAAUCCACAGACACUGAGUGACUUCUUAACAGCAUACACGUAAGAACUUGUUGUAAUGAGUUCAUGUCCACCCAGGUGUUGUGUUGGCAGUGAACGAGGGCACGGUUUUUAUACAUACACACGCACAUAGAUAUAUAUGAAUAAACAAAAUUAAAACCUGCUAAGGUCAUGCUGUGUAGCAGACAGGGGCUUGCUGUAAUUUUUAGCAUGUAAAGCAGUUUACUCUGGCUUCCUUGUAUAUGGAUAAGCUGCUGUCUUUCCCCUCCACAACUAAACGUGCAGUUAAAAACCGGUAUAGUAUUUGUACUGAUAUACUCAUGGACUUUAGGGGACUCCCGUUUGGUUUUGAUCAGUGUAGCAAAUUAGGGAUGAAAAGUUAAAACUUUUUGGCCCUUUUUUUGUUUUCACAGGCUUCUCCCUCGCAGGACUUUUAGUAGUUUCUUCUCGAACCAAUGCAUGUAUUAUAGCAGCAGGUGUCUUUGUGCUUUCUGAUCAUAGUAAUGUACUACUUGUAAAUACAUUUUUCUAUUUUCUA